AUGAGGACAUCUAGGGUAUCGAGAGAUACGUCAAAGCUGUUCGACAAAGUAUCGAGUCCUCCCUCGCCCCCCCGACGUACGACGCGCUCCUCGCUCGCUCGAUUCGCCUACGCGGCAACCGCCACGGCGGUAACAUCCCAACAGCAGAAUGAUGUACCCGCGCCCGACGUUGAGGAUAUCUUCAGAGCACCAGCCAAGAAACGACGAAGGGCUGCAAGUACGACAUCACCAGUGAAGGUGAUCAAGACGGAACUGGUGGAGGGUGCGGUAUCGGUGUCAGAGACCAAAGCGGCCGCUCGACGAGUACGCAAACCCGCACGAAAAGUUACAAAUGCUACUACGGGAGAGGUUAAGGUAGAGCCGCCGUCGGACUGGGAGGAGAUCUACGGGCUUAUGCGGCAAAUGAGGGCACCCGGCGGCGCCGCGCACGGAGCUGCAGUGGACACCAUGGGAUGCGAGCGCCUGGCUGACAGGAGUGCGUCGGAGAAGGACCAGAGGUUCCACACGCUGGUGGCCCUGAUGCUCUCAAGUCAGACCAAAGAUACGGUCAACGCGGUGGCCAUGAAGCGGCUCCAGACUGAGCUCCCCCCGUACAAGGAGGGCGCCCCGGUCGGGCUGAACCUAGACAACAUGCUGGCCGUGGACCCCAAGCUGUUGAACGAGAUGAUAUGGGCGGUGGGAUUCCACAAUAACAAGACAAAAUACCUGAAGCAGGCAGCGGAGAUUCUUCGUGACAAAUGGAAUGGCGAUAUACCAGAUACGAUCGAGGGCUUGACAUCACUGCCGGGCGUCGGGCCCAAAAUGGGGUAUCUGUGCUUAUCAGUGGCGUGGAAUCGCACAGAGGGCAUUGGUGUCGACGUGCACGUCCACCGGAUCACGAACCUCUGGGGUUGGAACAACACGAAAAACCCCGAGGAAACAAGACUUGCGCUGCAGUCAUGGCUGCCCAAGGACAGGUGGCGGGAGAUCAAUUCUCUCCUCGUUGGGCUUGGGCAGAAGGUGUGCCUGCCCCAGGGACGCCGGUGCGGCGACUGCGAGGUCGGACUCCGGGGACUAUGCAAGGCUGCAGACCGGAAAAAACUGUCCGAGGCCCGCAGGAUCAAGGCUGAGAUGGAGCAAGUUCAAGGCGAGGACGCAUUGGCCCAGGGGAAGAAGGAGGAGGAGGGGGUAAUUAAGACUGAGUUCGUUGUCAAGCAGGAGGAGGUGGAAUGA